GUCAAAAUUCAUCACAACAUUUAAUGAAAUUUUAAUCAUGAAAUUUUAAAGCUGAAAUUUUUGGAUUUCGAUUUUAUACAAUUUUAAUGUAGCCAGUCAUUCUGUUAAAAUGAAUCUAACCAGACCUCAUAUCUCAAAGUCCAUUAAGCAUUUUGAACUGUAGCCAGAGAAAUAGAAUUGGUUGUCCAUAUACCCACGCGCGAAAAACUUAACCUUCCUUCACACAUUGAGUGCUAGCCUAAUAAACUCAAGAAAUAUUUAUUUUGAUGCAUUCCGCGGCCGGCAAACCUAAUAUAAUUUACACAGAACUAAUUACUGGUAGCGCUAAAGGUUAAAAGUAGUGAUACAUGACAUUACACUAUGUGUUAAAGGCGAUCAAGUAGGUAAAUAUCCGAAUUCUGUGAAAUAUUGACACUAAAAAGGAAGAAGAGAAUCUCAUUGGACAGACCUAAACAUUGUUGGAAUAUGAUGGUUGACAAAUUUUGGUGAGUAUGAAUUUUAUGCAAAAAUCGUAAUUGGACACCCAGGUCAAACUAUGAAUGUCGCACUUGAUACUGGAUGGACUCUUUCUUGGGUACUUUCGGCGAAAUGCCAAGUUUUGACAACACCAGGAUGCUGGUUCCAUAAUAUGUACGACCAUACCAGAUCCUCUAAAUAUAAGAAAGAUGGGACACCAUACGUGGGGAAUGAAGGAAAAUACAAUUUAACUGGAUUUUACUCGUACGAAACUAUUUCUGUGGCACAUUCUAACGUAACAAAUUUCAGAUUCGUUGAAAUGGAUAACGUCCCUUGGACAUAUCUUUUCAGUAAAGUUGAUGGUUUGCUAGGUUUGGGCAUCAGAGGACCUAAAGAUGAUGAACCAUUUUUCUAUGCCCUUCAUAGGGAGAAUAAUAUUACGAAUUUUCUCUUUUCUGUAUAUAUGAACAGGGAUCGACAAUCAACUCAUGGUGGAAAUGUCAUCUUGGGAUUUAUUCAAGACAAACAUAUACACCAAACACAGUUCAAAAAUGGAACAAAAAUUCAUGACAAAAUUAAAUUUUUACCGGUAGAGCCAGGUCAAUAUUGGAAGUUUUCUGUAGAUAAGUAAGUUUUUAUAAUAUGGCAUUAUGAUUUUCAAAUCAAUCUUGGGCAUGUUUGUAAUGAAGAACAUGAGUUUGAUAAUCUGAGUGACGUAGGUCAUGAAAGGGAAAUAACAAUAUAAACGAGAUUGUUGUUGAAUCAACAACAAUCUCGUUAGUACUACAAGCCCUCCCUUUGGUUACAGUGGUCCUUUUAAACUACUAUGAGCAGUUGGAUGGCAAAUCUCCGGUAAAUUUCACCCACAGUUUUUCCCAAAAGAUCGGUGCGUGGGUUUAAAAAAAGAAAAACGAAUUCGCGGUCCUGAUUGAGUCAACUUUAGUGGUAAAAAGCUAAAGUGAGCAUCUCUUGACCAAAUACGGAUGGAUGGCAAGAGCGUGCCCAGGUCAAAAAUUUGUUUGUGGUUCCAAAUCAUAUCUACAUAUCCAGUUCGUUGCAAGAGUUAAUUGGUUAUUGCUAAAAAUCGAUCUUUUUUGCCGAAAAGUGCAUGAGAGUAAAUAUGAAAUAGUAGCCGAAAGUUAAAGCCUUUGUAGUGAUUAACAUCGAAAAAAAUCUUCAAAAAUCUUGAAGGUAUCUUGCGACGAAAGUCUGCUACAACAAAUUAGACAUGCAUGUUGAGUUUUUAGUACUCAAUUGGACAACAUCUCCAUUACUAUAAAACAUAACCAAAAAUGUUAUUUACAAAAAUUGUCGACUAUACGGUUCUUAGUUCCUUCUAUUCGCCCUGUAUAAGGGAUAAUUGACAAUACUCGUACGUCAUAUUUUUGCUCGUGAAAGUUUUCAAGUUUUUCAAUAGAAAAUCCGAUUUAAAAACAUGGAGAUAGACUCUGGAGGUCAAAGUAAUGAUCCCCCAGCGUCCCCGAUGAUGAAUAGACCCAGCCAGAAGGAGAGAACAGAAAUUACCAUGCAAUCAAAGGAAUUGAUGACACCAGCUGUAGCAGACGAAAAGGACAAAACCAUCCAGCGUCAGACCCUGAUCAUCGAAAGCAAGGCCCAGCAAAUAAAGGAGCUGAGACCAUGAAAUCAAAGAAAUUGAUGACACCAGCUGUAGCAGACGAAAAGGACAGAACCAUCCAGCGCCAGACCCUAAUCAUCGGAAGCCAGUUCCAGCAAAUGAAGGAGCUGACUGAGACCAUGAAAUCAAAGGAAUUGAUGACACCAGCUGUAGCAGACGAAAAGGACAGAACCAUCCAGCGCCAGACCCUGAUCAUCGAAAGCCAGGGCCAGCAAAUAAAAGAUCUGACUGAGACAGUUAGGGACCAAAACAGUAAAAUAGACUGCCUGACCACCCAGGUAACACAGUUAAUCAAUAAUGCAAAUUUUAAUUCUAAAUCUGACAAGGCUGUCAAUUUAAAAAGACCCCUUGAAAAUUUAACUGACGUGACAUCGACCGACGAUGAAAUAUAGAAUGACGGAUUUAUCCAGGCCAAGUCUAGGAAAAGACGCAUCGACAAAACGAACAAAACCGACAAGACGGAUGACUUCCCACCUCUUCCAAAGGCAAAAUCAAAAUUCAAGUUAACAGUCCCCUCAAAACCUUCUGUUUCAUUAAACGGAUCAACCUCUUCUGCCACUUGUCCUAUGACGGUCGAUGCAGCGACCACAUUUUCUCAAUCUUUGGCCACUGCAUCGACUGACGGUGCAUUAUCUCAACAAUCUCACGUUGCUAGUGAGUUGACCAGAACAGCACCCCGCCAGGGGCGAAUCACGCCAAUUGUUUUGCGUGAUGCGGCCAAGUGGCGACAUCUAAACUACACCUUUAUAAGCUUAGGCAUUAAGAUAGAACGCGCAGUUGCUGUUGAUGCGGGAAUCAGGAUUUUGCCGAAAACUGACUACCGAAGAAUCGUUCGCCUGUUCAGGGAGGAGGACGUGCCCCAUCAUAUGUUCCCUCUUCCUUCAGAAUGAAAUAUUCACGCGAUAGUCAGAGGCAUACCCGCAAUGUUUUCGGAACAGGGGAUCAAAGGGGAAUUAGAACAGAGGGGAUAUACUCCUCUCCACAUUAUCCGACUCAAACGCAGUGGCGGCGCCCCCAUGCCUUUGGUGGUCGUGAUACUGCCCAAGAUUAAAAAGUCCCAGCAGCUGUUCAAUGAACAUGAGCUUCUGGGUCUAGCAAUAAGAAUUGAAGUUCAACAGAACUCCAGACUAUUGGUGUCACCGCUGCCAAAGAUAUGGUCGCGGUGUGUGAACUGUGGAGGGGCGCAUCCCGCUAACAGUCCCACUUGCAGAUUCACUCCCAGGCGAAAUCUGGAAGCUAUAGCGCAAAGUCGCAGCAAGUCAUACGCGGAAGCAGCCGUCUCAACAUCUUCGGCUGCCUCCUGUAUUCAACCCACUUUGAACACGCUGAAUAUGGACCUAGCAACUGCGCUUAGGUCCCUUCAACAAAUAAUAAGUCC